UGUCGGAGAGGGGCCUGGUGAUUUCCAUUGUAUACCUAAGGAGAGAAAGCCUUGAGGUGGUCGCGGCUCUUUCGGCGACCGGCGGGUCAUGGAGCCGGAUCUCGUGGAAAGAGAGGGUGGUGAUAGCAGCCACCAUGAGGGAGCCGGUGGAUCUUCCCCACCGCUGAGCGGACUCACUGCCUCUCAGCGGCGGGCCGAGAUUCGCCGGCGAAAGCUCCUGAUGAACUCGGAGGAGCGGAUCAAUCGCAUCAUGGGCUUCCAUCGGCCGAAGACGGAUGAUGACACUCAUUCAGAAACUAAGCUUCAGCUGGAACAGGAUAAACCAAUUUCCCUUCCUGCUCCUGUUUCCAAACGGGUUGUGCUUGGUGAUACAGUCUGCAGUUUAUCAGGAACGGCUGACCACACAAGCAGUUUAGCAGAGCACAAAGGAGAGAAAAUAGACUUAUUUAGCAAAACUCAUGAAGUUGGUAGUGAUGGCAGCAGUGAGCUCCGGCAACGCAAUAGAGGGGAACUGUUGGACGUUCCACAGAGAGCACCACGCCAUGGAUUAGAUCAGUAUUUAUCAAGGUUUGAUGAAGCGAUGAAGCUCAGAAACCAGCUGAUGAAUGAGAAGCCAAGUCAAGAAAAUGGAAGUGUUGUGGAGGAAUUUGAUUCCUUUCACAUUUUUAGAUUGGUAGGCUGUGCACUCCUUGCCAUUGGCGUUAGAGUUUUUGUAUGCAAAUAUUUGUCAAUAUUUGCUCCAUUCCUUACUUUACAACUUGCAUAUAUGGGACUGUCAAAGUAUUUCCCCAAGAGUGAAAAGAAGACAAAAACUACAGUAUUAACUGCUGCUCUUUUACUGUCUGGAAUCCCUGCAGAAGUAAUUAGUCGUUCCAUGGACACUUACAGCAAAAUGGGAGAUGUCUUUACAGACCUUUGUGUUUAUUUCUUUACUUUCAUUUUCUGUCAUGAACUGCUUGUGGUUUUUGGCUCAGAAGUGCCAUGAUAAUAGCUGUGGGAUUCAAUACAUCAGCAGGACUAUUUAGUCUUGAGUUCAUUCAUACCCCUCUGUAAAUACACAAACAGGGUUAAAUGUUCAUCAGUUCUUUCUU